AUGGACAAUCUGACAUUAGGAAACAACAUUCUGCUAGUGGAGGGAUUGAAAGUGACGCCUCAGUCUUCCUAUCCUUUGUUCAUCCUGCUUCUCUUAGCCUAUGUCUUUGCAAUGGUAUCCAACAUAACACUUAUAAUUCUCAUCUCAACACAGAAGAAUUUGCAGCACCCUAUGCAUUUUCUGUUUUGUAAUCUACCCCUGAAUGAUAUACUAGGAACCACUGUUAUUUUACCACGUUUACUGCGGGAUAUUUUAACAGAAGCCUCUGUGCGAUAUAUUACAUAUGUGGAGUGUGUAAUUCAAGCUUAUUUUGUGCACAUAUUUGGUGCAGCGUGCCACUAUGUUCUAAUAAUAAUGGCAUUUGACAGAUAUGUGGCUAUAUGUAAUCCAUUACGAUAUUCAGCUAUAAUGACAAAUAAAAUGGUGGUUAAACUAUCAGCAUCAGCCUGGGGAUUGGCAGUGCUUAUAGUGUCUAUAAUGUUAGGUCUCACAAUACGCCUCUCUCGCUGCAGGUAUAAAAUUGAAAAUCCUUUCUGUGACAAUGCAUCCCUGUUUAAACUAUCAUGUGAAGAUGUAUCUGUUAAUAAUGUGUAUGGAAUCAUUUAUACAGCAAUUGUACUCACCCUUUCAAUAUUUUGUAUAGUUGUAACAUAUGGCAGGAUUGCUACUGUAUGCAUUACCAGCAAAAGCAAAGCACUCAACAGCAAAGCCAUAAAAACCUGCAGUACUCAUUUAGCUGUUUAUUUAAUCAUGUUUGUAUGUGGAGCCAUUUUUAUAUUUCUUCAUCGUUUUCCUGAAUACUCUGACAGCAGGAAACUAGCUAGUAUAAUGUUUCACAUUGUACCAUCAGGAUUAAAUCCUUUAGUGUAUGGCUUACAAACCAAAGAGAUAAGAGAUAAAAUUGUUAAACUUUGGUGGAGAAAAUAAAGGGAAAUUUUGAUGUCAUGUCUCUUGACAGUAGCAAUAAGACAAUACAGCAAUGUAUUGGCAAAAACAUGUUAUGUGCAUAUUUAUUUUUUCAUUGAACAUUUUUUAAUAAAAGUAAUAUUUGUGCCAUUGCACUGUGAGGAAGAAAAUGUUUGAUAUGGACAGUGUUGAUGUGGAAUUUGUUUAUUUAAGACUUAAACUAAUUUAUAUUUAAUUAACAGACAGUAUCUCAAUAAAGUUUAAAAACAUGCAU